AUGGCCGACCCCGCCGCCGCCGCCGCAGCCGCUCCCACGGAGGUCGGCGCGCCCGCGUCGCCGCCCCCUCCGGCCGCCGAGGAGGCCGACGCCUCGGCGGAGGCCGUCCCGGAGGCCAAGAGGUGGCCCGGGUGGCCGGGGGACAACGUCUUCCGGAUGGUGGUGCCCGUGCUCAAGGUCGGGAGCAUCAUCGGCCGGAAGGGCGAGCUCAUCAAGCGUCUCGUCGAGGAGACCAAGGCCAGGGUCCGCGUCCUCGAGGGCCCCGUCGGCGCCACCGAGCGCAUAGUUUUGGUGUCUGGAAAAGAAGAUCCAGGCUUAGAGCUGCCUCCAGCAAUGGACGCUCUGAUUAGAGUUUUCAAACGUGUCAACGGAAUAACAGAUGGAGCUGCUGAAGGUGCAACCCAGACAGCUACCGCACCUGGUGUGUGUGCUGCCCGGUUGUUGGUUCCUGGAGCUCAAGCAAUUAACCUCAUUGGGAAGCAAGGCGCUUCAAUCAAGGCAAUCCAGGAGGGCACGGGUGCUACAAUAAGGGUUAUCUCAGUCGAUGAGCGAGACCGGCCUUUCUAUGUAACGGACGAUGAAAGGAUAGUUGAGAUACAGGGUGAAACAGAGAAAGUUCUAAAAGCAGUGCAAGCAGUUUCUAAUCACCUCCGGAAGUUUUUGGUUGACCAUAGUGUACUUCCAUUGUUUGAAAAGACUAAUGCCCCAGUAAGUCAAGAUCGUAGUGCUGAUACUUGGAGUGAUAUGCCACAUCAUUCAAUUGUUUCUGCACAAGUAAAUCACCAACCUGAAGUGCUUGAUGAAUACGCUCUUCCAAUGAAAAGGGAGCAUUUGUAUCUUGAACGAGAACCGCUGGUAGAACAUAACAUUCAUCGCUCGGGUGUGUCACUAUAUGGACGAGAUCCUGCCUUGUCAGCAUUACGACCUUCUGGAAUGCAUGGUGCUGGCCCUCUACUUACACAGAUAACCCAAACCAUGCAAAUCCCGCUUACCUAUGCAGAAGAUAUCAUAGGAGUCAAAGGAGCAAACAUUGCAUACAUACGGGCUAACAGUGGUGCUGUUGUCACAAUUCAAGAGAGUAUGGGAAGCCCUGAUGAUAUAACUGUUGAAAUAAAGGGGACCUCGUCCCAAGUACAAGCUGCCCAACAGCUCAUCCAGGACUCCUUGGCUGCACACAGAGAACCUGUGAGGAGCAGCUAUGCAGGAUUAGAUCCAUUAUAUAGGUCGAGCUACACACAGUAUGGCAGUUCGACCUAUCAGUCAUCAUCGCUGCCAUCUUAUUCUAGCAUGGAUGGCAGUGGAUAUUCAUCAUCAGGUCUGGGCGGAUAUGGUUCUACUUACCGGUACUAGCUGGCAGCUGUUCGUCAUCAAGCUUGCGGCCACACUGUACCUGCCCCUGGGUGAUCGUUGUAUAUGUCGGCAACAUUUGCUCUGCUGACUUUAUGUUCCUGUCGGUGGGACUGGUAGGGUCGUAUCGUAUCCCAGUUGUCUGUUUUAGUAUCUACUUGGUUUAUAGAUGUUCUUAUUUUGAGGAAGUUUGCUGUUCUAGUCUUGUGUAUGCUGACUGAUUUGAUGACGAUCACCUGUGCUGAAAGAAAUGUAAUUCAUCUGUUGGUGCAAUAUUUGCAUGGCGCCAGUUACUGAAAAAAGCAUGACGUGGUAUAAUAGGACUGUUAUUUGUUGGCAUUGUGGCUCGAUGCAACAGUAAUUAGCUCCUCGAAUUUUUAA